ACUGUCAUGCAGUCCCCCGCGGUGCUCGUCACCUCCAGGCAGAUCCAGAAUGUCCACACGGGCAUCGACCUGGCGGUGCCCCAGCACCAGGAGGUGCGCGGGAAGAUGAUGUCCGGCCAUGUGGAGUACCAGAUCCUGGUAGUCACCCGACUGGCCGCCUUCAAGUCAGCCAAGCACAAGCCUGACGACGUGGUCCAGUUUCUAGUCUCCAAAAAGUACAGCGAGAUAGAGGACUUGUACCAGAGGCUACGCGGCCGCUACCCCGAGGCCAGCCUGCCACCCCUGCCCAAGAAGGUGCUGUUUGUGGGUGAGGCAGACAUCCGGGAGAGGAGGGCCCUGUUCCACCAGUUCCUGCGCCAUGUCUCCCAGGACGCCCAGCUGGCCGCUAGCCCCGAGCUGCUGGAUUUCUUAGGCACCAGAACUCCAGGGGCUGCUGACCCCAGCGGUCGAGAUGCCUUCGUGCUGGAUGCUGGCGGCCGAGCUGCAGAUGACGUGGAUGCCUUGGACUUCUUCCAGCAGCAGGACCUGCUGGAUGGGGGGGACCCUUCCAGCCCCAGCUUGAAGGUUGAGCCCACAGGGAAGGCCCAGGAGCAGGAGGAGGAGGAGGAAGAGGAAGAGUUGUUGGACCCACUGGGCAUCAUGCGCUCCAAGAAGCCCAAGAAGCCCCCAGAAAUGGCAGCCAAGCCCAAGCCCAGACCUUUGCCCAGGGCCACCAUCUUUGAUGAAGAAGUAGAUCCCGAUGAAGACCUGUUCGGUCCUAGUGGGAAGAGCACGACCCCCCGUGUCCAGGAAGAUGCACCUUUCAGGGACCCCCUGAAACUGUUUGAGGAUCUGGACCUCAGCGGCGGGGCUGUCCCCCUGGGUGACCCCUUGCUGCUGCCAGCUGCCCGAGACAGUGGGGGACUCACAUCCCGCCUGGACUCUGGAAAGGCUUCAGAGGAGCUAUUCAGAGUCGAAGAGGACUUGGACCAGAUUCUGAACUUGGGGUCUGAGCCCCCACCUCGACCCCAACCCCGGGCCAGGCCGCCAGUGGCCGCCAAGCCUGCACUUCCCAAGAAGCCUGCACUCCCCAAGAAACCUGCAGUCCCGCCCAGUGCGGGUCCCAGAACCACAGUGUCAGAGCUGCUACCACAGGCGCAGGCACAGGCCAUGGAUGAGAUGGACAUUUUACGGUACAUCCAGGACCACGAGGCGCCCGACCAGGCCACCCCCAGCCUUUUCUGACCCUGCAGGCUCAGCUCGUUAGGUCUCCCCAGUUACCUAAUAACUCUUUCUUCUGCACAUGGAGCGAAGUCUCAGGGGUCAGGGUGGAGGCCCCCAAGUCCCAGCCCCACUCUCACAUUUCCAGGGAAAAGCCACAUUGUGGACUGGCUGCCUCGUGCCACCAAAUAUAGGACCAGAUCUCAGCUGACAUCACGGCAUUCCCCCCAACUCUGCUGGCCUGGGCACCCGGCGCCUACUCUUGCCCCAGUGAUCCCAGACCAGAUGCUAUUCUGGCUCAGGCCCCUCCUGGGCCUCCCUGGGCUCCAUCUAGAUGUGCCCUGGGCCAGACCCCUUGUGCCAGGCCAAGGGCACAGUGCCAGGCCAGUCCGUGCCUUACAUUCACACCCAGCUCCGUCCCCGGUCUGGGCACUGCUCAGGAAACCUGCCACUGAACUGUGUUUAAUGUCCUCAAGAAUGUGUCAUUUUUUUGUUCUUGUUUAUUUUUAUUUUUGCAUUUGGGCCACACCCAGCAGUGCUCAGGGGUUACUCCUGGUUCUGUGCACAGGGGUCAUUCCUGGCAUUGCUCUUGGGACCAGAUGGGAUGCCGGGGAUUGAACCAUGUGCAGGGAAAACACCCUCCCCACUGUGCAAUCACUCCGGCCCCAGCCAGGAAUGUCCUUUUAAAAAAUAUGUGCUCUGCCUUCAGACCCAGUUUUUAUGAGUGGCAACCUCUCCUGUCUUUUGCCUUGUGUUGCUGACAUGCCCCAAGGGAAGCCUUUGGGACUAGGACCCCAGACUCUUUCCAGAUCAGGGCCCAUACCCAACCCUGAGGGUCCCCCUUGGCUGUGUGUGCUGGAGGCCUGGCGCUUACUCCUGCCCUCUGCCUUGUGUCCUGGCCUGUGGGCAGGUGGGCUCUGCCUAUCUCUGCAUCUCCAGGUACCUCUUCGACUGUUCUAGGCUGCCAGUCACAAGGGGUUGCCCUGAUGGGGGUAAAUCAACCCAUCAUCUUUCCAUCUCACCCCUCUCCCUGGGACUCCCUCAGGAGAGGGAAGGAGACCCUGGAUGCUGGUACUUUGUAGAACCAGCCCCUCUGCUGGGUUCAUCCUUGACCAGACACUAAGCAAAGCCUGAUGCUGGACUGGUUGGGUCCUGAGCCCUGGCUGAAAAAUGAGCUUCUUCCAAUAAAGCCAGUGUCCAUACCACCUAUCA